AUGUCAGAGACUUCCUCCCAUGACUCCUUCCAUGAUUCCCUAUCAGACAUGCAGGAAGAAAGCAAGACUGCUGACCUCUUCCCAGAGCUAUCUGCGUUUCUCAGCCAGGAGGAGAUAAACAAGAGCCUUGACCUGGCCCGGAGAGCCAUAGCCAACUCUGAAACAGAAGACUGUGACUCAGAAAAGGAGAUCUCGCAGAUUUUCAAUACCUCUCCUGUAAGCUUCUGUGAAAAUCCUUCCCAUAAGGAGACCAAACUGGGUGAACAAACCUCUUCAGGAAGACCUCAGGAUAACAAGCCAACACCCAUCCAGCCUCUGGCAGAAGAACAAACUAAGAGUUUCUCUUCACCCUCUACAAAGAGGAAACCUGCCAUAUCACCCCUGCUUGCCAGACCCAGCUACAUCCGGAGCCUCCGAAAGGCUGAAAAACGGGGUGCAAAAACUCCCAACACAGAUGUGAAGCCCAAACCGGCACGUCCAGGUACGGCUGGCCCCCAGAGCCAGCUGUGUGACAAGGCAGCUCAUUUGAUCGAGGAGCUGACAUCCAUAUUUAGAGAAGCGGCAAAGCCGAGAAACAGAAGUCCCAACGAGGAGUCCUCAUCACCAGACAGUGGGUACCUGUCUCCUAAAAAUCAGCCACCUGCCCGGAUCGGUGCCUCUGCCAGCCAGAGCCCCACCGAAGACCAGCAGGAGAGAGAAGCAGAGGUCAAGUCGCCCGAGGCCAGGCGCUGCUGCCAGGCGGGCCGGGGCGUGGCGGUGUCGCGCCGCAGCGGCUCUCACCCGCCGCCCCACAAUGCACUUCGCUUCCCCUCCGCGCCUCGGUUCACCCAGAAGCUGAGGAGCCAGGAAGUAGCGGAAGGAAGUCGAGUUCAUCUGGAGUGCAGAGUCACCGGAAGCCCAACUCCUCGAGUCAGAUGGUUCUGUGAGGGGAAGGAGCUGCACAACACUCCUGAUGUUCAAAUCCACUGUGAGGGUGGAGACCUCCAUACACUGAUCAUAGCAGAGGCCUUUGAGGACGACACCGGUCGCUAUACCUGUCUGGCUACGAACCCCAGCGGCUCAGACACAACAUCUGCUGAGGUGUUCAUUGAAGGUGCCAGUUCAACGGAUUCUGAGAGUGAAAGUUUAGCUUUCAAAUCAAAAGCUGGAGCUAUGCCACAAGCUCAGAAGAAAACAACUUCUGUUUCCUUGACAAUAGGAUCAUCAUCUCCAAAGACGGGAGUGACCACAGCUGUGAUCCAACCAUUAUCUGUUCCUGUUCAACAGGUUCACAGUCCAACUUCAUAUCUCUGCCGACCUGAUGGAACCCCUGCUGCCUACUUUCCUCCUGUGUUUACAAAGGAACUGCAAAACAUAGCAGCGGCAGAGGGCCAGGUGGUGGUUCUGGAGUGUCGGGUCCGAGGAGCACCCCCUCUGCAGGUCCAGUGGUUCCGGCAAGGGAGUGAAAUCCAGGACUCUCCAGAUUUCAGAAUUCUACAGAAAAAACCUAGAUCUACAGCUGAACCUGAGGAGAUUUGUACCCUAGUUAUUGCUGAGACCUUCCCUGAAGAUGCAGGGAUUUUUAUGUGCUCGGCAAGAAACGAGUAUGGAUCAGUAACCAGCACUGCCCAGCUGGUUGUCACCUCAGCCAACACUGAAAACUGUAGCUAUGACCCAGUGGGAGAAUCCAACAAUGAUCACUUCCAGCACUUUCCACCUCCCCCUCCAAUCUUGGAGGCAAGUUCCUUUGAGUUGGCUUCAAAGAAACCAUCUGAGAUCCAGCAGGUGAACAGUCCGGAGUUAGGGCGUAGCAUGGCAGCCCUUCAAAUGCAGUUCAAUUCUGCUGAGAGGGAAACUAACGGAGUCUAUCCCAGCCAUGGAGUAAAUGGACUGAUUAACGGCAAAGCUAAUGGUAAUAACUCUCUGCCAACACCAGCUGUCCUGCUUUCACCCACUAAGGAGCCACCACCUCUGCUUGCCAAACCAAAACUGUUUUCUGUGACAAGCAGGGAAGAGAGAGUGAUUAUAGGUGGAAUACACAGACUUCAAAAGAAAAGCAGAUAUUGA